GGCCCACAAAGCCAGUCAUUGCUGGCUCUGCUGCCAUGGCUACCAGGAAAUACUCUCGGCCGCCAGAGAGUAGUGUGUGGAGAGAGAGAGAGAAGGAGAGAGAGAGAGAGAGAGAGAGAGAACGUGACAGUCCAGAGCUUUGAGAGACCACCACACAGAACACAACAGAUUAAUUAGAACAGGUUUGAGUAGUAGUGGUAGUAACCAGAGCAGACAGGGACCGGAGACGGCAGACAGGGACCAGAGACGGCAGACAGGGACCAGAGACGGCAGACAGGAACCAGAGACGGAAGACAGUAUCUGGAAAAAUGGCUUACUGUGGGUCAGCAACCCUCCUCCUGCCUCCAGUCAAGAGUGUGAUGGUCUACAGGAACGGGGACCCCUUCUACUCCGGCAGGAGGUUUGUGGUCAACCAUCGACAGGUGUCCACCAUGGAGGCGUUUCUCAAUGACGUGACCCACUGCAUUCAGGCUCCGCUGGCCGUGAGGACCCUGUACACCCCCCGGCAGGGUCACCGGGUCAGGGAGCUGCAUGACCUCCAGACAGGGGCCCAGUACGUGGCCGCAGGCUUCGAGAGGUUCAAGAAGCUUGAUUAUUUGAACACAGGGCUGAAGAAGCAGCCUGUACCCAUGGGAGAAGGAGCUCGGGCAAGAUUACUUCACAGACCGAAUGUGUCAGCAAAAUGGAGAAAGUAUAUUCCUCUACCCUGUAUCAUACAUGUUUUCCGCAACGAAGAUCUUCGAUGCUCGCCAUUCCGUUUCAUAAUUCCCAGGACCUGGCAGCACGACCUGGAUCAGAUCCUCGGUCUAGUCACAGAGAAGGCCAGUUUACGCACUGGAGCAGUGCGCAGGUUGUGCACUCUAGAGGGAGUAACGGUGUCCAGUGCAGAUGAGCUGGUGAGUGGCCAGUUCUAUGUGGCUGUGGGAGCAGAGAGGUUCAAGAAGCUUCCUUACGUGGAACUGUUGGUUCCUAAAGCCUCUGAGAGAAAUUACCCUGGAAAUAGAAGACUGUCAAGGAGAUAUAAGGGCAGGAAGGCAGCCAGUGGCCCUGAGGACAGUUACAGUGACUCUGCUCUCCUGGACUCUCCAGAGUCGGAUGGGCGGAGGGUGAAGUCCACUGGGGAUGAGGUGGGGGAGACGGCUCUCCCAUCCAUCCAGAGGAGACCAGUGAAGGAGGAGAGCUCUAUCUUCUACGCCAAACCAGUGAAAGUCAGAGUGAGGAACAGAGGCCAUCCCAGGCCUCCACUAAGGACUGGACCAGCCCAGGCAAGUGUGUUUAGAGCUGUACAGAAGAAGAGAGAGGAGGUGCAGGGGGCUGAGGAGGUGCUGGAGGAUGAGAACACAGCAGUAGAUGUUCCCGUUGACCAGAGAGUGGCAGAGACAGUAGAGGACGAGGACCUUAUUGGGAGAAAUCCUCCUCAUUACAACAGCCAAGAUCAGAUUUUGACCAAGGCUACAAAAGAUCCCCUUCCUCACCCAGAACACCCAGACAAGUUGGAAUCAUCGACUGAGAAAGACAGGAACUCACCUGAAAAUACCAGCUCUUCCAUCUGCAAAGAGGAUGACAUUGAUGGGAGCCCUACGCUUGAUACAGAAAUGCCACAGGCCAACACAUCCCUGGAGCUCUAUGAAAUGAACUCUACCGCAGGUCCAUCUGUCCACAAAAAAGAAGAUGCUGCCUUAGAGAGUUGUGUGUCUGCUACUGAUACACCAGAGGAGCCGAAGACGGAGCCAAAGCCAACCACUCCACACUCAAGGGCUUCUUCGUCAUCAACAUCCUCCGCAUCUCAAAGUUCUCCGACAAGCGGGGGUAUCCAGGGAAACCGUUCAAGUAUUUGAUCAGACUCGAUUGAAUAGGGAGUCCUCAUACCCUCCACCAGACAUCGUAAUGAAGCAGUCCUCAUACCCUCCACCAAACACCGUAAUGAAGCAGUCCAGUCCCUCCACCAGACACCGUAAUGAAGCAGUCCCUCCACCAAACACCGUAAUGAAGCAGUCCUCAUACCCUCCACCAGACACCGUAAUGAAACAGUCCGGUCCCUCCAGAAGACACCGUAAUGAAGCAGUCCUCAUACCCUCCACCAGACACCGUAAUGAAGCAGUCCAGCCCCUCCACCAGACACCGUAAUGAAGCAGUCCAGUCCCUCCACCAGACACCGUAAUGAAGCAGUCCGGUCCCUCCACCAGACACCGUAAUGAAGCAGUCCAGUCCCUCCACCAGACACCGUAAUGAAGCAGUCCUCAUACCCUCCACCAGACACCAUAAUGAAGCAGUCCGGUCCCUCCACCAGACACCGUAAUGAAGCAGUCCUCAUACCCUCCACCAGACACCAUAAUGAAGCAGUCCGGUCCCUCCACCAGACACUGUAAUGAAGCAGUCCUCAUACCCUCCACCAGACACCGUAAUGAAGCAGUCCGGUCCCUCCACCAGACACCGUAAUGAAGCAGUCCUCAUACCCUCCACCAGACACCAUAAUGAAGCAGUCCGGUCCCUCCACCAGACACCGUAAUGAAGCAGUCCUCAUACCCUCCACCAGACACCGUAAUGAAGCAGUCCGGUUCUCAGAAUGGGCCUGUGGCUUAUGAGGAGAGCGGAGGAGAGUAACAAGAUCAUUGUUUCUAUAAUCUACCAUCUAUUGUUUUCAUUAGUAAACUAAGAAUCCAAAAAUGCGAAUGUAUUCUUUAUGAUAUUGACAUAUUUUACAGGAAAUACUGUGGUACAGUAAUCAGGUAAUCUAUGUAAUGUUUCUUUAAGAAAUGAAUAUUCAUGACACACAAUGCUUUUACUUUGAUGGAAAGCGGCAAACAUAUUGUAAACAGGAAGAAGUAUUUUUGAGACAAUAAGAGAACAAGUAGGAUAGGGUUCUGUAUUAUUCAGUUAUAGAACACAAACAUAUUGUAAACAGGAAGAAGUAUUUUUGAGACAAUAAGAGAACAAGUAGGAUAGGGUUCUGUAUUAUUCAGUUAUAGAACACAUACAAUGAAUGUAAAGUAUUCUGUUUUAUCAAAAUAUACUUUAAUAUCUAAUGGAAAUAUACAAUAUGAAAUACUUCAUAUCUUACAAAAAAACUACCGCAAUGUCCUCUGUGGUUGUACAGUACAAGCAUUUUGACUCAAAUAAUUCAUAUGCUAUUAUUUCUGAAUAAAACGUGCAAUACAACA